AUGAAUCGAUUAUGGGUGGCAGAAGGAUUUGUAGAAAUGAAAGCAGGAAUGAUGAAAGAAGAAGUUGCCGAGGGCUACCUCAAUGAGCUAAUCAAUAGAAGCUUGGUUCAAGUGGCAGAGAUGAGAGAAGAUAGAAGGGUUAGAAAGUAUCGCAUCCAUGACCUUUGGCGUGAAAUUAUUGUUUCGAAGUUGGGAGAGCAAAACAUUGUGACACUAGCCAAUUCACUGUCCAAGUUGUCUGUGCUUGCAACGUCAAAUGAUGGUCUACGGCUGCUAACCGUGCUUGACUUGAGAGGUGCCUUGUUGGAGACAUUCCCAAAUGAAGUUUUGAAACUACAUCAACUCAUGUAUUUAAGUUUGAGGGAAACCAAUGUAAAAAUAAUACCCAAGUCGAUUGGAAAUCUUCGAAACCUGGAAACAUUGGACCUUAAACAAACAUAUGUCACUGAGUUGCUGGAUGAUAUCCUGAAGCUCAAACGACUUCUCCAUAUCUUGUUGUAUCACCACAUACAAGAUUAUGUUCCUCCAAUUCGUUUUAAAUACCAAUGUGGAUUCAAAACCCCGACAGAAAUAGGAAGGUUGUCAUCCUUACAGAAACUUUGUUCUAUUGAAACAAACCAUGAUAAUGGGACCAUUUUGCUAGGAGAGGUAGGGAAGUUGACUCAACUGAGGAAAUUACAUAUUCAAAACCUAAGAAAUGAAGAUGGGAGGGUGUUAUGCUCGUCCCUUGAGAAGCUUAGUAACCUUCGCUCAUUGAUUGUUCGUGCAACAGAAGAAGACGAGAUCAUUGAUCUAGAUUCUCUUUCCUCGCCAUCUCAACUUCUUCGAUCGCUCUGCCUAGAAGGAAGUUUACUUAAGGUACCACAUUGGAUACCUUCACUGCACAACUUGUUAAAAGUAUUUUUACGAUGGAGUAAGUUCAGGGAUGUUGAUCCGCUGGAAUCCCUUCAAGGUUUGCCCAAUUUGGUUGUUCUUCUUUUUCUUCAGGCACAUGAAGGAGAAGAAUUGUGUUUCAAGGCUGGUGGAUUUCAAAAACUUGUGAGAUUAUACCUUCGUGGAUUAAAAGGAUUGAGAUGGGUGAAAAUGGAGGCUGGCUCGAUACCUCAUCUUGAAGAGUUAGUUAUCCGGCAAUACGAAUUCGUAGAGGAGUUACCCUCUGGCAUUGAACAUCUAACCAGCCUUAAAUCAUUUGAAUUGGUUGAUAUGUCUGAUGGAUUGAUUUCGAGUCUGAACAGAGACUUGGAGUGUGGGAAUAAUUGGAAAAUUGCACACAUUUCAAAAGUUUGGAUUGGGGACACAAAACUUGGCUAUUGGACAGGAAAUUAUCUAUAG